AUGAACACUGCGAUAAUCCUUGUGACCCUACUGACGGCUGUAGCUGUCUGUCAGGAUCACGAUUACUGGGUUGACCGAGUCUGGGGGGAGCUGCAGCAGGCUGUGACGUGUGCAACCUGCGAGAUCCUGUUAGGCACAUUGAAGGCAGUGGCGCAUCAGGGCCCGGAUGUUCUGAGAGCAGUCUUGGAGGAGGUGUGCACGCAGGCCAAGAUUGCCGAUGCCGAUGUGUGCCAGGGCACCGCGGCCGCCCAAGCGCCCAGCGUCUUUUACAUCCUCGAACAGCUGCAGAUUGAAUCGGUGACCAGUCGGUUGAUGUGCGCCAGCUUGGGUCGCUUGUGUCCGUGGCCUGAGAUCGAUUUCAAUCUGACUCUGCCACCCGAGCCGCCGAGCCAGCCCAUCACGAGGAGCGUCAACGAUAAUAUAAGGGAGGGUGAAAAUCGAACCGUCCGCGUGGCCCAUCUCAGCGACACGCACGUUGACCGCUUCUACACGGCGGGAGCCAGCUAUGCCUGCUCGAAACCCAUGUGCUGCCGGCCUUAUACAGCGGCUGAUGCGCCCAACAGCACGCUCUUCCCCUGCGGUGACUGGGGCAAUCCCCGGUGCGAUCCUCCCAUUCGCCUCCUGACUGACAGUCUAUUACCCGUCCUGCAGGGCCUUCAGCCUCCGCUGGCCUUCACGUUAUUCACCGGAGACGUCGUCCCCCACGAUUUCUGGCUCACCAGUCGAGCCUCCGUCGAAGCCGACUACAACACCACGUAUACAGCCCUGCAGCCCCUCACCCGCCAGGGACCCGUCUAUCUCGCCAUCGGCAACCACGACACCUCUCCGAUCAACCUCUACCCAGUCUCUCCCACGCCAUCCUCGAGUCUGACGCCGCAAUGGGCCUACGACCUCUUCGCCUACUGGUCGAACCGCCUCUCCCUCCAACCGAGCCUACCAUCACCAGGCCCCCAACCCAAGAACCACGGCAACUACAGCAUCCUGCACCAGCACCACCACCACCACCACCAAACCAAAACCCCCCAAACGUCCCCACCACUCAAGAUAAUCUCCCUCAACAGCCUCCUCUACUACCGCCUCAACAUCCUCAGCUACACGACCCCCCCAACCCCGGACCCCCUCUCCCAAUUCGCAUGGCUGACCACCGAGCUCCACCAGGCCGAACGCCACCACCAGCGCGUCUGGCUCCUCACGCACGUGCCCCCGGGCAACUCCCACAUGCUGCCCUGCUACGCCCGCGCCCUGAACCGGAUCAUCGAGCGCUUCCGCGCCACCAUCGCCGCCAUCUUCUCCGGACACCGCCAUCUGGAUCUCUUCCAGGUGUACCACCGUCACCUUAGCCCCAACAAUGCCUCAACCAUGCGCAGCAGUCGAAUGAUCCACAAUCCCAGCCGCGAAGCCGUAGCCAUCAACUACAUCAACCCCAGCCUCACGUCCGAGCGCGGCCGCCCGGCCUUCCGGCUCUACGACGUCGAUCCCGCCACCUGGGCGGUGGUGGAUUAUAUGGUCUACGUGGCGGACUACGAACCCUGGGGGGCCGGGGCCGGGGCCGGGGCCGCCUCGUCUGCCGGACUGUCCCAUGGUCACGAUGUCGAUGGUCACGCUGCUGAUGGACAUCACCACCCAGCCCAUGGGGGCGCAAAGCUGACGUGGAAGAAGUACUACUCGGCGCGCGAGGCCUACGGUACCGACACGGAGGAGGACGGGCUCUCCCCGGCGUUCUGGGAUGAGCUGACGGUGCGCAUGGCCGGGAAUGAGACGCUGUUCGAGGAGUGGUGGGCGCGACGCACGCGGGGCAGCUGGGUGAAGCCGUGUCACGGGAUAUGUCGGAGGCGGGAAAUCUGCUACAUGAGGGGUGGGCCGGACGACGGCGAGGGCGAGGGGUGGGAGGGCUGUCCGGGGAGUGUUCUCACCACGCGCGGUCAUGGGAAUGGCGUUGCCUGGAUGGGGCGGUGGAUGAUGGAGUAGGUACCGAACGUUGUUGUGAUCGUGCAAGGUGGACGACUACACACAGUGGGAGGGGCAUGGUAGAGUGAGUACUAGUAGUGGAUUGACUUGCCGAGUUUGCUACGGGUCGAUCUCUGGAUGGAAGAAGUCCUACUGGUAACUUGAACUUACCGCCCACUUUUUCCCAGUCCCUCGCUUUACUUAAUCCCAGUUACUUGCUUUACUUGAUUCCAGAGAUAAGAUGAAGAAAGAAUGC